AGUAAGAAUAAAUACAUUUGUUUGUGUUUAUAAAAGAAAAUUAUUAGGGGCUAUAUGAAAAAGUUUAAAAAUGGUAAUCUACGGAGUUUAUAUUGUCAGUAAAUCUGGUGGUUUAAUAUAUAAUUAUGAUCAUAAUAUCCCCAAAGUGGAAACGGAAAAAACUUUCGGGUUUCCUUUAGAUAUAAAACUUGAAUAUGAAAAUAAGAAAGUCGUAGUUGUUUUUGGCCAAAGAGAUGGUAUAAAUGUCGGUCACGUUCUCCUCUCAGUCAAUGGCUCACCAGUCAACGGGCGAACUACAGAAGAUGGAAAAGACGUAUUCGAUGUUAUAGAAUUAAAGGAAAGCUACCCUCUAAGUCUGAAGUUUGGACGGCCUCGAGCCACUACUAAUGAGAAAAUAGUUUUAGCAAGUAUGUUCUACCCACUGUUUGCACUGGCAAGUCAACUUAGUCCAGUUCCCAAAUCUUCAGGGAUUGAGAUCCUUACUGCAGACACAUUUAAACUAUCAUGUUUCCAGACAUUAACAGGUGUAAAGUUCAUAGUGGUAACUGACCCAAACAUGCAAGGGCCGGAUGUAGUGCUUAAAAGAAUCUAUGAGCUGUAUUCAGACUAUGCUCUGAAGAACCCUUUCUAUUCCUUGGAGAUGCCAAUACGCUGCGAGCUGUUUGACACGUCUUUACACACACUACUUGAAUUAGUUGAGAAAUCUGGAACUUCCAAUUUAUAACUGCCUUGAAGCUGUGUAAAGGGUUAAAGUUAGACUAUAAUGGAUAUGUGUUUGUAUAUUGAAAGUAAAUAGAAGCUGUGCAAAAAAACAAAGCAAUAUUGAAUAUAAUUAUAUUUACAUAUUUCUUGUGCAAACUGUUUACUUUACUUUAAAUACCAGUUUGGGAUCCAAAAAAGUUUUAUUACAUUUCAAAUCUAACUAUUAUAUAGAGAAAGGGAAAACAAAUACUGGCUAACAGUAACUAUUUCUAAAGAACUGUGUUAUAUAAAGAAGUCUUUAUUUAAGGUACUAUUUAUGUUAUCAAUAUGCGUUGAGCAUAAGUUAUUUAUGCUAUAACUCGUUUUUUUUUGUGUUUAGCUUGU